GCGACUUUUGAAAGUGUUAAGGUGGCCUAUCAGUUUGUUUACACAAGAUCACUAAUCAUGUCUGGCAUACAAGGAAAUAGAAUAGGGAGCAACUCUAACCCUAUUAUUCUAAGCGAUGAUGAAAAUGAAAUGGAUUACGAGUCUGACAUUAACAGUUACACCAGCCGUGAACUUGUUCUGCGUCGAGUUUUAAGAGCAGGAGAACCUGAUAGUGAUGAUGAAGCCCUUCGUGAAUUUGAUCGUGCUAGAGGGCAAACUAGGGUCGAUAUUUAUCAAGCUGUUUUGAGACCUGAAAGCGAUUCGGAGCCUGAGUUUGAGCAUGAAUUUGGGUUUGAGUUCGAACAAGAAUUUGAGUUUGAGUUCGAACAUGAAUUAGAGGUUGAACCUGAGUUUGAGUUUGAGCCCGAACAUGAACCUGAACCUGAGCCUGAGCCAGAGGAAGCUAAUCAUCAAUUUCAAGGUCUACGAAGAUCCUCUAGGCCAAGAAAAGAAGCUUAUUAUUUUGAUAUGGAUGACGAUGAUGAACUUAAAUAUGAGCUAUUCACCCUAGAAGGUUAUAGCGAGUCAAAGGACAAGUCUGAUGAUGUUUCCCUUUAGCUUUGCUUACAUAUUUAGUUGUGUGUGAGAAAAAUGUUGGUCAAUCCGCCCAACCAUAGUUUAUGUUUAUAUCGUAGAACCUUUUUACUUUAUUUUGAGAACAGGUGUGUGUUAAUAUUUAGGAUUGUUAUUGACAUUCUUCUGAGGAAUAAAAGCUAGAUGAUUGACUAUCU